AUGGUUAAUCAGAUGGUAUUAGAUAAUGGUCAAACAAUAUCCGCAACUAGUGGUCUUGUAAUGUCAUCAAACGAGUUAACUACAUCAUUAAAUAAUGAAAGUAUUACAUCUUCUACAAAAACAGCAACAGGUGAAGAAGACGAAGAAGAGGAAGAUGAUUCAGAUGAAGGAUCUGACAACAGAAGUGAAAAUGGAAUUAAAUCAAUCAUUACACUAUCAGGUAUUGGUAUGUUAGUAUUAUUUUCAAUUCUCUAA